CUUCCUGUUAUUCCACAGAAUAAACUGAGGAAAAGCAUUCAAAUGUUACACGCCGUUGGUGUUGUUAUUGCAAGAGUUUUGAUCAUCACUAUUUAUAGACCAGCCUGUUCCGACCGAGGCUGUUCCUCUUAGCUGUAUGUUUUGCCAACUGCGCGCAACAAGUUGCAGACACUCCCAGCAGAGGCAAACCUACGCUAAUUCGGGCCAGCGGACGGUAUUUUCUGCGCUUCUCUUUUCGGAUUACGCGUCUUCGAAUCGCGCAUACCCCUCCCCGACCCCAUCUUCGGACGGCAGAGGGGGAAUACACGGCGGAGAUCCGGAGAGGGAGUUCAGGAAAGGACGGGGCUGGAUCCGUGGGAAUAGGCCUGCCUGUCAGGCCUCUUAUGAUCUGAUUCUGGGACUGGACGGGGCUCCAAAAUAACUCAGUCUGGAAUAUUUGCAAGGGCCCGCAGGAAUAAAAAUAGAAGGAGAAUGUAGGAGAAUAAGAAAUGCCAGUCCUUAGUACACUGAGCAGUACACGAGAAGACAUGUAGUGGAAGGUAAAGUCGCCUUAAUUACAGAUCACCCACUUUUUUUUAUUUCUUAAUUAACGGAAUUAACAGUUUACCCACAUUUUAGGUUGACAUUACGUUUUCUGUUAAACAUCCACAGCAUAUAGAGCCAACUACUUCACGUGAGACGGGAAUGUUUGUUUUUUUCAACAGAGGACUGAGAAAUUAUCCGUUUUUUUGGAAAAUAUUUUUUCCUCGUAGUUUUGGUGCUUUACGGUGACGGAAUUCACAAUGUCCACACACUUUUUAUUUUAGCACUACCAGCUGUUCAUAACGACGAGACUUCGGGAGCGUUUUCAAGAAGGGAAAAGGACGUGUAAACCGAGCAUUUGUCGCGCACGUCGCGGAGAUAACAGGGACGGUGUAACUUUUGCAGCCACUUGCUGUGCACAACGCCAACUGCUGACAGCCUGUAUCUGUGUGUGCUCAUACGAUGAAGCCCUGGACCUGAACGCCGCCCCCCCCCCGCAAACAACGUUAUCUCGGAAUGAAGGGCUUUUUUUCCUGACGCUGUCUGACUUUGUAAUGUCAGCAGUAUCGAAAUACUGCGCACAUCCAGAGGAGGUCAUUUCCAGUCAUGUAACGUCAGGACUGACUUGAUGAAGGCAUAAAAAAAAAAAAAACCGUUGCAUCAUUAACCAGUCCUUUCCGAGAAGGAUGUUCAAUUCAGGAGGCAGAAAGAGUGAUGACAGUGUUUUUACCGCAGCUGGAGAGAAAGCCGGGCUCAAACCCAGAGCCUCUUUGGAGGAGGAUGCAUGUAAUGUGAGUACUGACGCAAACCCGGGAUCGGAUAAUGAACUGCUCAAGAAACUGGAACGGCGCGUCUUGUGUGAGUGAGUGUGCAGGCUGCUGUGUGCGUAGCAAAGACGUCUGUGCCGUGCUCACCAUUCAUGCAGUGUGAUUACUCCCAACAAACACCUUUGCUCUCGCUCUCUCCCCCUCUCUGCCCGCCUGCCUGCCUGCCACUCUCUCACCGCCGCCUUCUUCCUCCUCUCCGUGCCACAUGUGCACGCACGGCGCCCACGCAACGCGUCUAAUUGCCUGAGCGCCGUCGGAAGAUAUAUUAUUAAUAAUUAACACCUCUCCCGCGUCCCCCUCGUCUCCGCGUCACACCAGUCAACAUGGCCACUCUGCAACAUCACCGACAGCUUCUCGUGCAUGGCACGGAAGUGAGCUGCGACUCCAGCGGGGAUGGCGCCGUGACCGUGCGGAUUACCAACAGCGCGCCACACGUGCAUCAACAUGAGCCACUGAGGGCUGCGAACAGCGGAGCGGGAGGAGGAGGAGGAGCUGGAGGCUAUGGGGCUGUGAGUAAAAUGAACCCUAACCUCCACAAAUACAGUAUCUCCUCCAGCUGCAGCUCAGCAGACUCCAGACCGGCCGUGGCCUCCGCCUCGAGGGUGCACAGGAAGGCGCCGCCGUUGUUCGAACGCUCUGCUGCCCAAUGCUGGGACCCCAAGUUUGACUCCCCCAUCCUAGAAGAGGCGUGCCAAGAGAGGUGCUUUCCUCAGACACAGCGGCGCUUCCGUUAUGUCCUCUUCUACCUUGCAGUGGCAGCUGUACUCUGGGGGGUGUACUUUGGGGUCAAUAGCGACCGCUGCAACCCAACGACCUUCCUAGCCCCCACGGCCUCCUUUUUGGUCCUUCUAGUGCUCCUGUUUUUGUUCACCUUCACCCAAACCUACGCACGGCUGUACAACCAAACCUCCCUGCUCCUGAUAGCGGUCACCUUCGCCAUCACCUUAGCUCCACAGAUACAGACUGCUGGUUACACUGAGCUGGAGUGGGCUGGUGGUGGGAAUGCCUCAUAUUUCCCAUCAGACGAAGGAGCACCACCUCCAACCCAUUGCAUCUCCCCUGUAGGCACCUUUUCCCUGUGCAUGGAGGUUCUGCUGUUGUUGUACAGUGUCCUACAUGUCCGCCUGUAUGCCUCAGUGAUGCUGGGGCUCCUCUAUUCUAUAUUAUUUGAGGCAUUAGGAUGGCUACCAUUGCUUCAAAGGAGUUAUGACACGACCGGAUGGGGAACAGGGUUGGUGCAUCCCGGUCCUGAUUGGGAAGAAGACACACUCAGCUGGCUGGGCCCUUCCAAAGCUCUGCUCCACUUGUGUGCCCAUGUCAUUGGCAUCCACUUGUUCAUCAUGUCGGAGGUGCGUUCCCGCAGCACCUUCCUCAAAGUGGGCCAGGCUAUCAUGCAUGGCAAAGACUUAGAGGUGGAGAAGGCCUUGAAGGAACGCAUGAUCCACUCGGUCAUGCCACGGCGAGUUGCCGACGAGCUGAUGAAGCAGGGUGAUGAUGAGGGUGGUGGUGAGAGCUCUGGCAAGCGUUAUUCCUCUGGUGCUUGCUCUGCCUCAGCCGUCUCAGUGGGUGGUGGGGGUAGCUGUGGAGCUUCACAAGCCCAAAGUACCACAAGCCCCAAAAAUCACCCUCACAACAAUCACAAACGCAAGAAGACCUCAAUCCCUCGUGGACAGAUAAUAUUUAGGCCCUUCAACAUGAAACGCAUGGAGCCUGUCAGCAUCCUCUUUGCGGACAUCGUGGGUUUCACCAAAAUGUCUGCCAAUAAGUCAGCACCGGCCUUGGUGGGCCUUCUCAAUGACCUGUUUGGACGUUUUGACAGGCUCUGUGAACUAACUUGUUGUGAGAAGAUCAGCACUCUGGGAGAUUGCUACUACUGCGUUGCAGGGUGCCCUGAGCCCAGACCAGACCACGCCUACUGCUGUGUAGAGAUGGGCCUGGGCAUGAUCCAGGCCAUCGAGCAGUUCUGCCAGGAGACAUGUGAGACUGUAAGCAUGCGUGUCGGUGUCCAUACGGGCACUGUCUUGUGUGGUAUCCUGGGAAUGAAGCGCUUCAAGUUUGAUGUAUGGUCAAAUGAUGUCAACCUGGCUAACUUGAUGGAGCAGCUGGGUGUGGCAGGAAAGGUCCACCUGUCCGAAGCCACUGCCAGAUUCCUGGAUGACCGUUACCAGAGGGAGGAUGGGCGGGUGGCAGAGAGAGCCGGACAAAGUGUGGUGGAGAAACUAAAGGGGCUGAAGACCUACCUGAUCUCAGGGAGGAAGUUGGAACAUGAUGUGCAGUGUGGCUGUUCUCAGGUGGGACUGCCAGGUGGGGAUUUUGUAGGAGUCGGCCUGUCCUCCUGUCCUCAGCCCCGCACACCAGACCUCAUCCCUGGAGGAACGCAGGCUGCAGAUCCCCUGCUGCCCAACCAACCACCAGACAGGAUUGGGCCUCCCUGUGUGUCCCGUAGUGUGGCCUUGUCUGUGGGAGCAGAGCAGGGUGAUGAUGUGGCUGUGCUGAAUGGCUGCCAUGAAGAGCACAAGACUAGUAGUGCCAAGUUCAUCCCAGGUCACAGCCCCAGGGCUGUAAACGGCCUCCUGAGUCCCCCACUGGAAGACCCAGUGCGGGCUAGCCAGAGCUCCCUGUGUGACAUCCUCCAGGAGAAAGAGAAGAAGACUAGCACUAGCACAGGGACUGGCACCAGUCUAGGUAUGACUGGUGGCACGGGGACGGCGGGUCCAGGUAUGGACCACUCUGCCCUGAUCCAGCUGCGUGCCAAGAACUUUAGAGAAAAGAGCGACGCCCACUUUGUGGAUGUUAUCAGGGAGGACAGUCUGAUGAAGGAUUACUUUUUCAAGCCACCCAUCAACAAGAUCAGUCUCAAUUUCCUAGAGAGACCCCUGGAAAAGGCCUAUCGCAGCAGCUACAAGGAGGAGGUGAAAAACCAGGUUCAGGUGCAGACAUUUGCGAGCUCCACCUUUAGCUCCUUCCUGGAUGUUCUCCUCAGCUGUUUUGUUUUCCUGGCCCUGACCCUGGCCUGCUUCCUUCCACCUCUCGUGAGCCCAGUCAGCGCGGGCCCUCCAGCUCCCGCGGCCCUGGCCCUGGCUCCCUUGGCCGGUCUGUUGGAGCUGGCCUCUCUGGUGCUGUCCAUACGUAUGGCCUUCUAUUUGGAGGAGGUGAUGAACUGUACUCGCUCCCUGCUCUUGGUGGUCUCUGGAUGGGUUCCCCAUCAUGUGACCGGGGCCGUGUUAGUUUCCCUCCCCGCCAUCUCCGUCUUAUCCCACCUCGCCGGCAACGUCCAACUGCCCCUCCAGGUGACCAUGUUCCUGUGCUGUGCCACCAUUCUGGCCAUCAUCCAGUAUUGUAACUUCUGUCAGCUGAGUUUUUGGAUGCGCUCAGUCCUGGCUACUGCUACAGGGGUCGCCUUGCUGCUGUUGCUGUACAGCCCCUUACAAAGUUCCAGUAACAGCUUGCCAGUUCACGGGCUGAACAUCUCCACAUCAAGUGAUGGUGGGUCAGAACCGGACCCUAACCCCAAACACCCUUUUGACCUUUUGCUCCCAGAGGCUUUCCUGGCCUUCUUCUUGCUUCUUCUCCUGGUCUGGUUCCUCAACCGUGAGUUCGAGGUCAGCUACCGUCUCCAUUACCAUGGCAACGUGGAGGCUGACAAACAUCGCUCCAAGAUCCAGACGAUGCGAGACCAGGCAGAGUGGUUACUUGGCAACAUCAUCCCCAUCCAUGUCGCUGACCAGCUCAAGGUGACCCAGAGCUACUCCAAGAACCACGACAGUGUCGGUGUGAUCUUUGCCAGUAUUGUAAACUUCAGUGAGUUCUAUGAAGAGAGCUAUGAGGGUGGAAAAGAAUGCUACCGUGUCCUCAAUGAGCUAAUAGGAGACUUUGACGAGCUCCUUCGCAAACCUGAAUUCAAAAGCGUGGAAAAAAUCAAGACAAUCGGUGCCACCUACAUGGCAGCAUCGGGACUGAAUGUCCGGCAGCUGGCUGAGAAUGACGAGGACUCUCCGCACGCUCACCUGAGGGCACUUUUCAACUUUGCGCUGGAGAUGAUGGGUGUCCUGGACGACUUCAACAAGAACAUGCUAGGUUUUGGUUUCAAGCUCCGCAUUGGAUUUAACCAUGGGCCACUGACGGCGGGGGUGAUUGGCACUACUAAGCUGCUCUAUGACAUCUGGGGAGACACGGUCAACAUUGCCAGCCGCAUGGACUCCACUGGUGUGGAGUGUCGGGUGCAGGUGAGCGAGGAGAGCCACGCUGUGCUCAGCGCCAUGGGUUUAGAGUUUGACUAUAGAGGUACCGUGAAUGUUAAGGGCAAAGGUCAAAUGAGGACCUUUCUGUACCCCAAAUGUGGGGAAAGUAUAUAUCAAGAAGGCACGGAGCAGGCAAUCGGAGUCGGACCCUCGUCUGCGCCAUUACCAGCCAAUAAGACUUCAGGAUCUGUUGCCCAGGCAACAGCUCUUCCUCCCUCUUCUUCCUCUUCUUCUACUCCUCCUUCCUUCUCUCUUCCCACACUCCCUCCUCAACCCCAAAGCGCUGUAAGGCCUUCAGGAGCAGAGCCUGAGCCUUUCCCUGCUAAGUCCACAGAGGUGAGGGAAGAAGGAUAUAGGGACGCUCCACACCUCCAUGGGCAGUCCCCUGCCACAGACAUUCACACACCUCCCUGCUCUGGACUAGGCCCAGAACCUAGUGCUGCACAAGUGCCCUCCCAGGUGCAGCCUGCUCCUCUCGCACUACAAGAGGAGGAGGAUGAAGAGGAGGCGGCCAAUGAGCUAACAAAACUCAACGAGGAGUUUUAUGCUCGUCUCUGAUCCCUCCUCUCCCCUUCCCCUGUCUUCUGUAUCCCCUGCUGCCCCCAGCUGCUGCCUCUCCAGGACUGAUUGCAGGUGUGGGCAGGAUGCCCCUUCCAUUAGGCAAGUGUCUUCGGCAUGGAUAAAGAAGAGGGAGGUGGUCACUCCAACACAAACAGUAGCUACAGUUGCAAUAAAAAAUGGCUGCAAACGUCUUUCAUGUGAAUGUUGCCUGAGUGCUGGGGUGGGUUAGACCUGUGUUGAGCACAGCAGUUUAUAAUGGAGAAAAGGCUGAAAGGGGGUAAGAGGGAAAGGAAGAUUUGUUAGUGUUGUUGUUGAUGUUUUUUCUUAUAAAUUUUUGUUAUUAAGUGCCUUCAGGACUAGAACAGUGAACAAACAAAUAUGAAUACUGAUCAAAGUUUUAUCAAUCUUAGACUACGGAACAUGCUGUGGUUUCUUACUCCAUGCUAUUAUUUUCAAUGCAAGUAUUAUUGUUGUGCCAUAUCAUUUGUUUUAACUUGAUCAAAGUCUUGACCUUGCUUAAGGGAAAAUAAUUUUAGAUUCUAUAUAAGUGCCAGUGCAGCAUGAUGGGCUGAGCAGGGAACUAAGGGAAGAAUGAGGGAAUCACAUGAAGCAGUGUUAAUUUAUGUAUUCUGCUUUGACAUGAGGGCUUAAUACAUUAUUCAUUUGUGCUAGAGUCUUGGUAAAAGGGGACAUGCUUAAAAAGCAGGCUGCAUAGAUUUUAGUUUGUGUAGCAGCUAAAUGCACAUUUUUAGCACAGGUCUUGCACAGUGUUUUCUCGACCACUUGUAUUUGGUAGUUAUUACCGUGAGAAAGCUUUUAAGAGUUUAAGCGGAGUUCUUGUCUUUCACUACAAGUACAAUCUAAAGCACAAAAUCAAAUCAGAUAAGGGAAUAUUGAUUUGGAGGAAAAGGUGGUUUUAAAAAGUGAGAUCAUCACAAAAGCAGGAAGGCACUUUAAAUAUACUUAAAGUGAUACUCUACAUUUGAGUAAGAAACACUCACCCCAUGUAGACCUGUAAGGUGGCUGUAAAAAUGUAGGUUUAUCCUAAAAACAUCUAUGGAAACUGUAAUCAACUUUAGUUGAUGAAGGUUAAAUUAGAUUCAAUAGAAACUUCUCAAACCAACCCUGCACUACAAUCCACUUUUCUGCUGUUGUACAUGUAUUUCUACCAACCUAUGGCUAAAUACUCUGCUCCAGUGUCAGUCUGCUUUUUCAUUGGGUCAGAACCACUUUAUUGGAGCUUAUAUCACAGGCUAGAUUAAAAGCUGUUGUGCUGCAUUAAAAAAAGCAAACUAAAACCUUUUUACACCCACCGUUAGGGGAUAAGGGCGACAGUAAUUCUAUAUUAUUGUUGUUGCCACAAAAAUCCCAUGAAAAGACCAAAACCAACAAUGUCUAAAUGCAUUUCUCAAUACUUUCUGACUUUCCUACCCUGUUCUCCUACCCAAACUGUGGCUCUCAGCCCACACUUUAGUUUGUUUUUUUUGGGGGGGGGGGCAUUAUAUGCUUUUUUUAUUAUAGCAGACAAUGGAGUGAUGAUAGGAAACAAGUAGACAGAAGGAUGGGGAAUAACAUGCAACAAAGGUUCUCAGCCAUACAAGAACUGGGGAUAGUGUGGUUUAUGGUUGGCACCUUAACACAGGCCAUCAGGGCAGUAGAUGGUGUACUUGUUCAGAACAAUUUUCAGUGGCGAUUUGGUGCGGAUGUGAGUAUUUAUGGCAGCAAGACAUUGUAUGUGGGAUUAAAUUAAAAUAAACGACACAGCCCAUGUUUAUUCUAUGAAGGAACAUGUCACCCAGCCUAACAGUGGACACAAUGCAGCUCUGUGGCACAGAAAAACAAGAUAUAUCAGGAUUUGGAUACACAGACAAUACUUGUUAGUAGGAUCCAUUCAUUGUCAUUUUUGGUCUUUUCAUUGGAUAAAGAUACAGAAUAUCACCAGACUUAUACUUUAAAACCUACAGUGGGGUGAGAGUUUGAUACCGAAAAAUUUUUGGGUGGAGUAGCACUUGAAGUGGGACUGUGAGGGACAAUCACUGUAUAGUUCUUGAUAAAUGAUAGGGUGGUCCACAUUGCUGUUGGUUAAAGUGUCAAAGCACAGAUCAACUACAGUUUCUACAGUACUGUGUGUAAAACCUCAGACUCAAAUUUAGUGACGUUCCAUUCGUUGCCUUCAUUGCUAGAAUAAAAAAAACAAACAUUGGUCAGUCCAUCACUAUAGAUUUUAUUCAAUAGUUCAGUGUUGUCAGCCUUUAGCUGUGUGAUUUGCUGUUGAAGGGGUGGGACUUUUAACUUCGAUCCUGUCACGGCCUCUUCAUUGAGUGGAGCCUCUACUGUAUCAAUAUACUUAAAUUGUGCCACUUUAAUUGAGUGAUCUAUAGGUGCAGUGCAACCUAAACUAGCUGAUUGUUUUGUGGUGCCUAAAAGUAUGACUGUAUUUUUUGAGUACUUGGGUUGUCAGAAAGUUUUUUUUUUUUGUUUUUGUUUUUUUUAAUCAUGCUGUUGUCAUUGAGGAUAGAUUGUGAUUGUAUGUUUGACAAAAUUAUGCUCGUUGUGCAGGUUUUGCUGCAUUUUCUUUUUUUUUGGACAAAUUCCAUCUAUUUUUUGCUCUUUUCCAAUUUUUCAUUCUGUCAUUAACCGGCCACCUGGAAUAAUGUGGUGGUGUUCCCAUCACAUACCUGGCACCUCUGCUCUUCACUCGCUUCAUGCUUUGUCUUUACUCCUGAAAGCACUUGUUUCUCUCUUGUACUUCGCGUGUGUGUGUAUGUGUGUGGGAAAAAUAUUGAAGUUUUACUCCAAGUCAGUAACACAGAAAAGAUCACUGUUAUAUGAUGCAAAAGGAAAUCAAUCAACCACGUGGCCACUGUUUAACUGUGAUUUUGUUGUCGCUGCCUUGUCUGUAGAGGAAUUACAUGCACGAAGCUGUAUUCUUUGAAAGGGAGAAAAGAAAAGCCUUGGAAUUUGAAAUCUGUAUAAUGAUCCUGCAACACAUAUGUAACACAUAUCACCACCACAUAUUUUUGAGACAAGUAAACAUCUUGCCUUGAGAAGCUCUGGCCUCACACAUAGAUACAAAAGACGGCAUGAAAAGGAGGAACCCUCUUUAUAUAUCUACAUCUGUAGCAUAAAAAGCAUCUUUGUUUACCUCUGCCAUUGUGCACUCCAAAAGUACACAACCAGUGCCUUCUGAAUUAAGAAUAUGUGAGACAUAAACAACACUAAAAUAGCUACAUGAGAAAUGCUUUGCUGGCCAAAAUCCUUUUCAUUGCCUUUAGAAUAUUUUCUAAUAAGCACAUCUCUUAUUGUACUCUCGUAAUGCAUAUUGUCAACACGCUCAUGUUUGCCAAACCCAAUAAACCAUAGCACAGAAAGUUAUGGAAACAGAUAAGAAUAGCAGGUAUCAGUUGUGAAGGAAAGUUCUUGUGGUUUUACUCCACAUCUCCCAGAGACCCUCCUGCCUUGCGUCAUUACAUAAUCCUCGGUGAUUUUCAGGCCAUUGUCACUGUAGCUAUCCAUAUCCGCGACUAUCCAUAGUGUAGACUUGAGGUGUGGGACUCCACAGGAUGAUGGGCACACCACCUCUCCAUUAGAGUACAUCUGUACACACGUAUAAAUAAAAUAUUAAAGUGAACAUUGCUGGCUCUGUGAUCUGUGAUAGAGUUUGGGGAGACGUGAGUGUGAUCUUGUUCGCAUGGGAAUGAAUGAACGAUUUUCUUCUUUGCCAGACAAACUACAUUUAGUUUGAUUCUGCACCAUGCUCUCAUCCUUUUAUUUCAUUUCAAUAUCAUUAUUUCUACACUUAUGUUAAACAUUAAGCAUGUAUUGCCACCACGCAAGAUUCCUCAAAUCACUAAGCUUUGCUAAUUUAAAGUUAUUUGGAUUUCGUCCCUCUCUGACAGUGUAUUGACAAAUAAUGUGUUUAUGAGAAGGUUUCUUUUAGUUUUGACAGGGGGAAAGAGUGUCCCUAGAAGUCUAGCACUCGGAUUAAAAAAGCAUCAAGCUGAGUGCAUUGAGGAGAAGUUUAAGGCAUUCAGUCAUCCCAUUCUGUUGAAGAAGUGUGAUUCUGCUCUGUGACAGAAAAAUAAGGGAACAGAGUGUUUUACUAGCACUUGUUAAAAGCAUCACAGCAUCGCCUAAUCACUCAUUUAAAUGAUGACAGCUCCACAUCUUUUCAUUAUAAAUUUUCUAGUAAAUUCAACCCGUAUGUGUUUUUAAUUACACUGGGACAAAAAUUAGACAGAGUUGUUUGAUUUUACAUCUUUGUGUAUUUGUUUUGUUUUUGAAUGAGAUGUAUUAUGUAUGUUUUGUGCACAUUACCCGUGUAUCAUUUAUCAACACAUGAUCGUAAUCUGUACACAUUUGCACAAAGCACUCAAUGUUUGUACAUAUGCAGUUAUUUUAUGUCACAUACGAUUUUUUUUAUACAUGUGCAUGUGUCAGAUUUUGCCAGAAAACAAUGAAAAGAGACACAUAUUAUCAAAUUGAUUCAAUGUGUGUCUAUUUGAGUAAGUGUGAUUUUAUUAAUCUUUUCUUCAAUAUGAGAGAAAUAAAUCUCAAAGCAGAAAAUAGUUGAGUGCACUGUGAAAAAUAAAGUGAGGGCGGGUUUAUGUCAAACCAUUAGCGCACAUUAGCCUGAAAAUCAGACUGAAUUGCCAUUGUGUUUAGUUUUUUUGAAAAAAAUCUGAGGUGUGGGCAGCAAUUUAGAGGUCUGGAACCAGGCUACAUGCAUAUCCUCAUAUAUCCACAUUGCAAGUUAGCCCAAUAUCCACAUGAUUCCAGCACUGUCAGGAGGGUGGAGAUCUUUGAUCAGCCAGCUAAUGACCAAAAUGUACAGUGCACAAUAUAACAGUACACAGUAUAAAGUGUGUAUCUACAGUAUAUUUUGCUAAAUAUUCACUGCCAGAACGUAUAUAAGUGAAUAGUUUGCCUUAGACAUCUGUUGUCAUUCACUUCUAGCAGCAGAAUAAAAGAAAGAUGAGCGUAGACAUUUAAAAAAUAACACAGAUCAAUAAAAUGUGAUCCGAAAGGAAAUUACAUGGCCAUCAACUGACUGUUGGCAUUUUUUGUGUAUUUUUGCUGUAGCUUUACACAUCUGCAGGGAAGACUGACAUGCUCUGACAUACUCUGAUUUACAUUUGUGAU